AUGGCCGACGAUUCCCAGCAUGAGCACACCUUCGACUCCGCCGACGCCGGCGCUUCGACCACCUACCCCAUGCAAUGCUCUGCCCUGAGGAAGAACGGUUUCGUCGUCAUCAAGGGCCGCCCUUGCAAGAUCGUCGACAUGUCCACCUCCAAGACUGGCAAGCACGGUCACGCCAAGGUCCAUCUGGUUGCUCUUGACAUCUUCACUGGCAAGAAGCUUGAGGAUCUGUCCCCCUCCACCCACAACAUGGAUGUCCCCCACGUCUCGCGCCGCGAGUACCAGCUCCUCGACAUCUCCGACGAUGGCUACCUCUCCCUCAUGAGCGACGAUGGUGACACCAAGGACGAUGUCAAGAUGCCCGAUGGUGAGGUUGGCGAGAAGAUCAACCGUCUCUUCAAGACCGAGGAGAAGGACACCAACGUCGUCAUUCUCACUGCCAUGGGUGAGGAGGCCGCCGUUGAGGCCAAGGAGGCUCCCCGUGGUUAA